UCUCUCCUGUUUUUGUUUUCUAGAAAAGAGGCACAGUUAGACGAAGAAGGGCAGUUUCUUGUCCGAAUCAUAUAUGAUGAUUCUAAAACUUAUGAUUUGGUUGCUGCUGCAAGCAAAGUCCUCAAUCUCAAUGCUGGAGAAAUCCUCCAAAUGUUUGGGAAGAUGUUUUUUGUCUUCUGUCAAGAAUCUGGUUACGAUACAAUCCUGCGAGUCCUGGGAUCCAAUGUCAGAGAGUUUCUCCAGAAUCUCGAUGCCCUGCAUGACCACCUGGCCACCAUCUACCCGGGGAUGCGGGCGCCUUCCUUCAGGUGCACCGAUGCAGAAAAGGGCAAAGGGCUCAUUCUGCACUACUACUCAGAGAGAGAGGGGCUCCAGGACAUCGUCAUCGGGAUCAUCAAGACGGUCGCCCAGCAGAUACAUGGCACUGAAAUAGACAUGAAGGUUAUUCAGCAAAGAAAUGAAGACUGUGAUCACACUCAAUUUUUAAUUGAAGAAAAGGAAUCCAAAGAAGAGGAUUUUUAUGAAGAUCUUGACAGAUUUGAGGAGAAUGGCACCCAGGAGUCACGCAUCAGCCCAUUCACCUUCUGCAAAGCUUUCCCUUUUCACAUCAUAUUUGACCGGAACCUGGUGGUCACCCAGUGUGGCAACGCCAUAUACCGCGUGCUCCCGCAGCUCCAGCCGGGGACCUGCAGCCUCCUGUCUGUCUUCUCCCUGGUCCGCCCUCACAUUGACACCAGUUUCCAUGGCAUCCUGUCACACAUUAACACGGUCUUCGUCUUGAGAAGCAAGGAAGGAUUGCUGGAUGUAGAGAAAUUAGAGUGUGAGGAUGAGCUGACCGGCACCGAGAUCAGCUGCUUACGUCUCAAGGGUCAGAUGAUCUACCUGCCUGAAGCGGACAGCAUUCUCUUCCUGUGUUCACCAAGCGUGAUGAACCUGGACGACCUGACGCGGAGGGGGCUGUACCUGAGCGACAUCCCCCUGCACGACGCCACGCGCGACCUCGUGCUGCUGGGGGAGCAGUUCCGAGAGGAGUACAAGCUGACCCAGGAACUGGAGAUCCUCACAGACAGGCUGCAGCUCACCUUGCGGGCCCUGGAGGACGAGAAGAAGAAGACAGACACGCUGCUGUACUCCGUCCUGCCUCCGUCCGUGGCCAACGAGCUGCGACACAAGCGCCCCGUGCCUGCCAAGAGGUACGACAACGUGACCAUCCUCUUCAGCGGCAUCGUGGGCUUCAACGCCUUCUGCAGCAAGCACGCGUCCGGGGAAGGCGCCAUGAAGAUCGUCAACCUUCUCAACGACCUCUACACCCGCUUCGACACCCUGACGGAUUCCCGGAAAAACCCCUUCGUUUACAAGGUGGAGACCGUUGGUGACAAGUACAUGACGGUGAGUGGUUUACCAGAGCCCUGCAUACACCACGCUAGGUCCAUCUGCCACCUGGCUUUGGACAUGAUGGAAAUCGCUGGCCAGGUUCAAGUAGAUGGUGAAUCUGUUCAGAUAACAAUCGGGAUUCACACGGGGGAGGUGGUCACCGGCGUCAUCGGGCAGAGGAUGCCACGGUACUGUCUUUUCGGAAAUACUGUCAACCUCACGAGCAGAACAGAAACCACUGGAGAAAAAGGAAAAAUAAAUGUGUCUGAAUAUACAUACAGAUGUCUUAUGACACCAGAGAAUUCAGACCCACAGUUCCACUUGGAGCACAGAGGCCCAGUGUCCAUGAAGGGCAAAAAGGAGCCAAUGCAAGUUUGGUUUCUUUCGAGAAAAAACACAGGACCAAAGGAGACAGAGCAGGAUGACGACUGAAUCUUGGACCAUGGGGCGAAGAGGACGGAGGUGGGGUUAUCCCCAAACAACACACGCCAGUCCUAGGGACAGCCAUCCCCUCUGUCCUUCUCAGUUUUCCCAAGCCUUUCCCCUGGAUGUAUCUUUCACUGUUCAUUAUUCAAUUUUAGCUCUGCUUUUGAGCAUUUUCAAGGUUUAGUAUAUUACGCCUUUAGAUGUGGACGAUGUGAGCUUCACUACAGGUAUCACCUGCCGUGGUGAUUUGCAAGUUGUAGGCACCCAAUAGAUAAUCGAUGAAUUUAAUGACGUGAAACUGAACAGUAUUUGGCCAUGAGUAGUUACACCGUGGUUUUUCCAAAUCUGUUGAGUGCUGUCUCUAGAUAUGUAUAUGUAAAUUUUAAUGACAAUAACAUAUAAAAAAGUUUUGUCAUGUCAGUGUGUAUCAUUAGAGAAAUCAUUUUCUAAAAGAAUGAAUUCACAAUUUUAGGGAAAAAAGUGGUUUAUUUUCAGACUUCUCAAGUAAGAAUGAAUGUAACUGUGCUGAGAACAUGGGGACUGUUUUGAAUUGUGCAGACUUUGCUUCAGACAGAGACAGCACACUUCUCUGGGACUAAGCUGUUUGGUUACUCACUCAGAUCACGUGGUGAUUAUCAUCGCUCUAGAAUGCUGUCAUUUGCAUCGUGUCCCUUGUAUUAUGACUCUCAGUAAACCACACACAGCUGUUACAGGGAGCGGCGCUAUUUCACAAUGAGCUGUUACGGCAGUUUGGGAUACGCUUUAGGGCUCCAACCACAGCCAGGGAUAGCUCUGGGAAGAAUGCUGGGUUUCCCUGGCCUUUUAUUUCCAGAAAUGAGCUCUUUUCCCUUCGCUUAUAGAUUAUGAAUGUGAUUAUAUCCAGGGCAUCAGGUUCAGAAAAGUGACUUUAAUUUUGACCUAGAAUGCAUUCCUGUUGGAAUCAUUGGCCCAUUGUCCUUUCUCUCUCUGAUAAUUUAUUCAUAGCCAUCCUUCUGAAAUCAAGUACAGCUACUUUUGUGCAAAGAUGUCUGUCUUGAAUUUGAGUAUCUCCCAUCAGCACACUGACAUGUGUGUACAUGUUCCGUGUUCAUGUGUAAGAGAACCUGCAAUAAAUUAUUUUUUCCACUUGUC